AUGCCCGCCAGACCGUCCUUUGACUCGCUCCCGCUCCGCAAGGACGGACCUCCCGGCAAUGCGUGGGGCUUAUAUGGCGAGGACGACGAGCUCGGCACUCUCAACCUGCUGACGCCCGACACCACGACCAGCGCCGCCAAGGAAAUUAUUGACGGCACACGCGUGGCGACGGACUGGCCCCUGGACAGCAUGCAGCCGCCGGCGUUUGGCAGACAAGCCUUUAAGCACGAGAUCCUGAACAAGGCGCCGAGAGCCGUCAACGAUGACGUUGUUACUUUCAACACGCAGUCGAGCACGCAGUGGGAUGGCUUUCGCCACUACGGCGUGGAGGGAGGCCUAUUUUACAAUGGCACGACGCAGCAGCAGAUUUUGGGCUCGGACAGGAUCGGCACACAUGCGUGGGUCGAAACCGGAGGCAUCGUCGGUCGUGGCGUGCUACUUGAUUGGGCUGCCUGGGCCGAGAAAAAGGGUCUCAAAGUUGACAUCUUUAGCAAAUAUCCCAUCACCGCUGAGACUCUAAAUGAGGUCGCGGUGAGCCAAGGCACGACAUUUAGGCAUGGAGACAUCGUUUUCAUUCGCACUGGCUUCACGGAGACCUACGAUAGAUUGACAUCCGAGGCCAAAACGAAUCUUACCAAAGAAUUGACCCCGACUGCCAUUGGAGUGGAGAGCUCCAGAGACACGCUCAAAUGGAUCUGGGAUAACGGAUUUGCGGCCAUUGCCGGCGAUCAGCCAGCUAUGGAGGCUUGGCCACCUUCGAAGAACGGGUUCGUUCUUCACGAGUGGCUACUUGCGGGCUGGGGUAUGCCCAUUGGCGAAUUGUUCAAUUUGAAAAGACUGGCUGAGGAAUGUCGGGAAAAGAAGCGAUGGACCUUCUUCUUUAGCAGCAUGCCCAUCUACACCAGAGGUGGUGUUGCCAGUCCGCCGAACGGAGUGGCAAUUUUUUAA